CAGACCCAUAUGAGUCACGCCGAACACGCAGCCCCCUCCUGCCCGAGGGACAACUGGCCAGCGUACUCUCUGCUGUUGUCCCUUUAAAACUCGAAUCCAAGGGGGUAAUGAUUUAUCAAACUUGUAUUAUCAAGAAAAUGUCAAACGAAGGGCACCUUGCUUUGCACUGACGCAAACCUGGCCUUUCCCAAGGAGAUAUAGAAAGCGCCUCUCUUGUUGGAGUCAAACCCAGUCUUCUCAAUAGCUGGUUUCACUCUCUGCCCGUUCAAUCUGUUGCCCGUGUCAGACAUGGAUUGCGGUGCUCCCAAGGAAAUGAAUAAACAACCAGCCAACAGCCUGGGGGCGGCGAUGGCGCUGGGCCACCAUGCUGGCCCGUGCGCGCCCAGGACGAGCCCGGAGCAGGAGCUUCCCGCCGCCGCCGCCGCCGCCGCUGCCGCCGCCGCCGUGGCGCCGACGCCGCGUGUGCCCAGGUCCGCUUCCACCGGCGCCCAAACUUUCCAGUCCCCUGACGCGCGAGCCUGUGAGGCGGAGCGGCAGGGAGUGGGGGCUUGCAAACUCAGUAGCCCGCGGGCGCCUGCGGCCUCGGCAGCUCUGAGGGACUUGAGCGAGGCGCGCGGCGCGCAGGCCGCAGCUCCUUCUGGGGCCCCCGGGCCCGGCAACGCUCUGCAUUGUAAGAUUCCGGCCCUGCGCGGCCCCGAGGGGGAUGCUAACGUGAGUGUGGGCAAGGGCACCCUGGAGCGGAACAAUACCCCGGCCAUGGGCUGGGUGAAUAUGAGCCAGAGCACCGUGGUGCUGGGCACGGAUGGAAUCACGUCCGUGCUCCCGGGCAGCGUGGCCACCGCUGCCGCCCAGGAGGACGAGCAAGGGGAUGAGAAUAAGGCCCGAGGGAACUGGUCCAGCAAACUGGACUUCAUCCUGUCCAUGGUGGGGUACGCAGUGGGGCUGGGCAAUGUCUGGAGGUUUCCCUACCUGGCCUUCCAGAACGGGGGAGGUGCCUUCCUCAUCCCUUACCUGAUGAUGCUGGCUCUGGCUGGGUUACCCAUCUUCUUCCUAGAAGUGUCACUGGGCCAGUUUGCCAGCCAGGGGCCAGUGUCUGUGUGGAAGGCCAUCCCGGCCCUACAAGGCUGUGGCAUCGCAAUGCUGAUCAUCUCCGUCUUAAUAGCCAUAUACUACAAUGUGAUUAUUUGCUACACACUUUUCUACCUGUUUGCCUCCUUUGUGUCUGUGCUGCCCUGGGGCUCCUGCAACAACCCUUGGAACACGCCAGAAUGCAAAGAUAAAACCAAACUUUUAUUAGAUUCCUGUGUCAUCAGUGACCAUCCCAAAAUACAGAUCAAGAACUCCACUUUCUGCAUGACUGCCUAUCCCAACUUGACAAUGGUUAACUUCACCAGCCAGGCCAAUAAGACGUUUGUCAGUGGAAGUGAAGAAUACUUCAAGUACUUUGUGCUGAAGAUUUCUGCUGGAAUUGAAUAUCCUGGGGAGAUCAGGUGGCCACUAGCCUUCUGCCUCUUCCUGGCUUGGGUGAUUGUGUAUGCGUCCCUGGCAAAAGGAAUCAAGACUUCAGGAAAAGUGGUGUACUUCACGGCCACGUUCCCGUAUGUCGUGCUUGUGAUCCUCCUCAUCCGAGGAGUCACCCUGCCUGGAGCUGGCGCUGGGAUUUGGUACUUCAUCACACCUAAGUGGGAGAAACUCACGGAUGCCACGGUAUGGAAGGAUGCUGCCACUCAGAUUUUCUUCUCUUUGUCUGCUGCAUGGGGAGGCCUGAUCACUCUCUCUUCUUACAACAAAUUCCACAACAACUGCUACAGGGACACUCUCAUUGUAACCUGCACCAACAGUGCCACGAGCAUCUUUGCUGGGUUUGUCAUCUUCUCGGUUAUUGGCUUCAUGGCCAACGAACGCAAGGUCAACAUUGAGAACGUGGCGGACCAAGGACCAGGCAUUGCAUUUGUGGUUUACCCAGAAGCCUUAACCAGGCUGCCCCUCUCUCCAUUCUGGGCCAUCAUCUUUUUCCUGAUGCUCCUCACUCUUGGACUUGACACUAUGUUUGCCACCAUCGAGACGAUCGUGACCUCCAUCUCAGAUGAGUUCCCCAAGUACCUGCGCACACACAAGCCGGUCUUCACUCUGGGCUGCUGCAUUUGUUUCUUCAUCAUGGGCUUCCCGAUGAUCACUCAGGGCGGAAUUUACAUGUUUCAGCUUGUGGACACGUAUGCCGCGUCCUACGCCCUCGUCAUCAUUGCCAUUUUUGAGCUUGUGGGGAUCUCCUACGUGUACGGCUUGCAAAGAUUCUGUGAAGAUAUAGAAAUGAUGAUUGGAUUCCAGCCAAACAUUUUCUGGAAAGUCUGCUGGGCGUUUGUAACUCCAACCAUUUUAACGUUUAUCCUUUGCUUCAGCUUUUACCAGUGGGAGCCCAUGACCUAUGGCUCUUAUCGCUACCCUAACUGGUCCAUGGUGCUCGGAUGGCUGAUGCUCGCCUGUUCGGUUAUCUGGAUUCCAAUUAUGUUUGUGAUAAAAAUGCAUCUGGCCCCUGGCAGAUUUAUUGAGAGGCUGAAGUUGGUGUGCUCGCCACAGCCGGACUGGGGCCCGUUCUUAGCUCAGCACCGUGGGGAGCGUUACAAGAACAUGAUCGACCCUUUGGGAACCUCUUCCCUGGGACUCAAACUGCCAGUGAAGGAUUUGGAACUGGGUACCCAGUGCUAGUCCAAUGGCAUGGGAUGGCCCAGACUUGAUCCUGUUUUUCCUCUCUGCCUCCCCUAAGGUUUUCCCCGGCUUUCUUCCCAUUUUCUUCUUUCUCCUCACGUCUUGGUUCAUGUCCAUGCAUGAGAAUGGUUAUAUAGAAAAGUAGGACACGGUGUCGCAUGCUGUAGUGAGGAGCUAGACAGACCACUUGAGGCGCUUUGCCUGUGUCCAUGGCGUCAGUUUCCAGAGGGGUUGGAAGCUCAGGCUUUACCAGGCAGGAGUGGAUCAACUAGGUGAGUGGGCACUUUCCGGUGAAGUCACGAGUAGGUACGCGAGACCCGGUCGGGCGGGGGUAUCCACUGUGUGUUGUCCUUGGUGGUGCCACGGAGGCUUAUAUAAAAUGGCAGAAUUACAAGACUGUUGUUUGGGCUCCAUAGUGUUGCUGAGCUGAGCAAUGUAGUGAUUUCAUUCAGAUGCAGGAAGUUUAGGAGGGUAUAUUUAGAUGGUCGGCAGGGGUCUGAAAAUGGUUUAGGAUAAGACAGACCAGUGGAUGCAGACACCGCUGGGGUGUCCAAUUGUAGAUUUCCAUUUACAAUUGGGGAUCUGUUUUCCCUCAUUUGGGCCAACGGUCUCAAGUGUGCCAAGAACUCAGAGACUUGUCUCUGCACACUGUGAAUCUCAGUGGAGAGUUUUCUUCCUUCACUUGUCUUCUGCUUUUUCUUUUUUCUGAAGUAACUAUAUUUGUGAAUUCUCUUCAUCAUUUCCUCCGCCUGUGCACAAGGAGCCAUCCUGUAAUUUGCCUCCGUAUGGUCAUAGCAGAUCUCCAUUCUAGUUUCUACAUGACAUUUAACGCCGUGGUUCAGUGUCACAAUCCCAUGUUUCUUCUCCUCAAAAUGUCUUUCUAUGAGCUGUAGAUCCCUGGUCUUCCAACCUCGGGGAAAACAAGACUUACCCGUUUGUGUCCAUAUAUUUUCUAUAUAUAAGACAUAACCUCCUACAAGACAGAACACUUCUCAAUUUUUACUCUUUUUCAUUCACAGUAAAUGCCAACUGUGGUCAUAGAGAUAUCAAAGAAACGGAGAGUUUAGUUGAAAGCAACCAUGAUAGUCUAUGUGCUGGUAGUACAUUUUAGGUCACUGUAUUUACAGAAAUUUCUGGUAAAUACAGCUUAGGUAAGUAGCAAGUGAGCCAGUUAAGACUAUAGCUUUUAAGACUACAUUUAGCCGAUUCAAUUUUAAGACUUCCCAAUUCACAUUACUCAUAACUGUGCUCUAAUGAGAGCGAAUCAUAUGUCUGCAGAGAUUGGCGAAGCCGUGACCUUUAUUAUCUUCUUGUAUCCUGAACAUGCAUAUAUGAGAUUUUUAAAUGUGAUAUGUGUUCAUGUAGUCUGUAUGCUUAGUGGUGAUUUCUGUCCUUAUAAAUAUCUUAAGAAUCACUGUAGAGAUGGUGAGUUUAGAAUAGUGUAGUCUGGAUUUUUUUUUUUCCUUACAGUAAUAAUAUCUGAACCUAAAAUUGUUUUCUUUAGGGGAUACCAUCUCAAUCACUUUCUUCUUUGUCGUCACGUUACAGGGUCUCAGGCAAAGUUUUCAGUUUAAAUCUUGUAUAUUGAUGUGACAUUUUCAUCCCGUUCAACAGCAGUGAACCCUAACAAAAGACCUUAAUGUAACAUGUUUUUACUUUAAAUGACUUCAUUGGUUUAAAAAGAGGUCUCAACUCAUUUUACCGAGCUCUUCUUUUUCUAGGGCAAAUAUCAUUGUCAUUUGCCAACACUGACGUGAUUUUCCCGUUUUUGAGAACUGCCUGUGGAAACUUUAGAAAAGGAAACGGAGUCUACGGCCAUACCACCCUGAACGCGCCCGAUCUCGUCUGAUCUCGGAAGCUAAGCAGGGUCGGGCCUGGUUAGUACUUGGAUGGGAGAAAAGGAAACAGAGAUGGGUUUUGAACUGUAGGUUUUCAUCUCUUUUGUCUGCAGUGCCUGUUUGUUCUUCCCCUCUUUGUUCUCCUUUUCUGCCUAUUUCCCAAAGCUAGAACUUACUAGAAUCUAUCACAGAGACUAAACUGAGCUUCCCCUAGACACAGUGUUAGGAACCUGAGCUGCGGCCUCAAAUGCCCCCAUGUUUCCCAUAGUGACUUGUCUGCCAUGAACACUGGUCUCCCCAAGAAAGCCAUAUUGAUGAGAGCCCCCCUUACUGUAGCAGAUUUCACAUAGUGGUACCGAAAAUUAGCAUCUCCAGGUGAUAACUGGUGGAGCUGGAGAGGCAGGGAGGAAAAACUUAGGUUUGGAAAUUAUCUCUAGCUUUUCCAAUUUGAAGCCUGAAGAAAAGAGCCAAAAUCAAUUAGCAUUCUCUCACGGGACUGGUGUGUUUGUGUCAGGGCGAAUAAUUUUGGCUUCCCUCUCUCGCCUCUUGGCUAAAACUGGAGUCCAAUGCUGGAUGCCAACCCCAUUUCUGCUGAUUAUUGCUGUCGUGAUUAAAAGAAGUGGGGGGGGGUACCCGACGGCUGCUGCCAGGUUUGUCUCAUAUGAACUUGAACUGCAAGUUGACUUGUGAGGGCAGGGGCCUCCUUGCUAGCUACAUUCUGCUGUGAAUGUUACAGUUGGAGGCAGCUACAUUUGUGUUUGUCCAGAUUUGUCCAGGCUGAGACCCAGUAGCUGUUCCCUGAACAGCCAGAGUGUUUUUCCUUUCCCUACAAUUGCCAAUUUUCAUGUAAAAUUUGCUGAAAGGUGAAAGGUUCCGAACUUAUCUGGAAACGGUGACUUUGUAAACUCUGUUUUUACCCAUUUCUCUAGCCAUGUUCAACUUUGAGGCUUUCCCUGGCAGACAGGUGUUCAGCAUCCAAGCUGAUUCGUCAUCAUGUAUCAACCUUUGCCACAUUUCCCCCGCACACUUGGCUGGGAUGCUAACCAGGUGGAUGUUUCCAUGCUAUGUGUUUUCUUCCACAGUCAAUUGGAUGAGAAAAAAAUGAAUGAGUAAGAAAAUGAAGGGCAUUGUCAAAAAUGGCUCCUUGAGCAUUCCCCUUCAAACUGAGUUAAAAACCAAGUUGCUGAGGAAAAAUUUUCGUUGGUUUUUACUGGGCAGAAUGGUGAGGUAUUUUCCACUUGUGAGAUAAUUUCCUAACACCGACAAAUGCCAGAAAUCCAUUCAGAGAAAAACAAAAGCCAUAUGUUAAAAGCAGUAACCUUGUAAUAUCCUUAAAGGAGAAAAAAAAAUGUAUAUUUCUUAACUGUUGGUGUUGUGGCUUCUUAUGCAAAUAUUUGUCUUGCGUAUUAGUAACUUUUAGUCUCUUUAGGGCUGUGUGUUUGUCAUGUACAGAUGUGUCCAGUCUGGUUUUAUUUUGUUUGUUUCUUUUAUAUUCAUUUGUUGCAUGAAAGUUGUGGUCAGUGCAAAAUCUCGAUCUCAACGUCUUUGAAAUUUCCCAUGUGUUUUUAAUGUGUAAGAAAUGUAACUUGUACUUCAGUGAGCAGCACUUUAAAAAUAAUUUAAUACAAUGAUCUUUAAAUGGCUAA